AUGGUCUCCUUCCGCACCUAUGGCAUGGCCUUCUUGGCCUCUUUAGCCGAGGUCCUGUUACACAACACUUCUUCCUCGGAUAUCACGGGUCCUGGCAUCCUCUCGCGCAGUUGCAAGAUUGUGUCGGUGUAUGACUCUGUGCGGCCAUCGUCUGAGUUCCCGCCCGGUACGACUUAUACCGACUACUCGCCCAAGCUGCUCCUUCCCGGUCUUUUGGACGCUCACGUGCAUAUGAACGAGCCGGGACGUACCGAGUGGGAAGGGUUCUGGACUGGCACGAGAGCGGCUGCUUCUGGUGGCGUCACGACGCUGAUCGAUAUGCCCCUGAAUUCGCUUCCUCCCACGACGACGGUCGAGAAUCUCAUGACCAAAGUGAGGGCGGCUGACGGCCAAUGCUGGGUCGAUGUCGGUUUCCACGGAGGCCUCAUCCCCAACAACACGGCGCAUCUGAAACAUCUGGUUGAUGCUGGUGUGCGAUCAUUCAAGGGUUUCCUUAUUGAGAGCGGCGUCGAUGAGUUCCCAGCUAUCGGCCCAGAGCAUAUCGAAGUGGCUCUGCUCGCUCUAGCCGACUCGCCAACGACAGUUAUGUUCCACGCCGAGAUGGUUCCGCCCAAUUUCACUCUUGUCGGCUCCGGGGCGCCGCAUACCGGACCUCUGACAAGCUACCAGACGUACCUGGACUCCCGGCCUCCAACGCUGGAGGCAUACGCCAUCAGCCAGAUCCUGUCCAAGGCCCACCUCGCGCCCGACCUGGACGUGCACAUCGUGCACCUCUCGGCCGCAGACGGCAUCCCGAUGCUGUGCGAAGCCCGCGACCAGGGCGUCCGCAUCACCGCCGAGACGUGCUUCCAUUACCUGAGCCUCGCGGCCGAGGAGGUGCCUGAGGGCGACACCCGGUACAAGUCGGCCCCUCCGUCCCGCGGCCAAGCCAACCAGGCCCUGCUGUGGGAUGAGCUCUCGAACGUCGACGGCGAGGGUGUCAUCAAGACGGUCGUCUCGGACCACUCGCCCUGCACGCCCGAUCUGAAGCUGAUCCCCGACUCGUUCCCCAUCGCCCCACACAGCCACGCUGGCGAGGACGGCGACUUCUUCAAGGCAUGGGGCGGUGUCAGCAGUCUUGGCCUGGGUCUGUCUAUCCUGUGGACUGAGGCGGCGGACCACGGCGCGAGCAUUGAGGACAUUGUGCGCUGGACGAGCACCAACACUGCGCGUCAGGUCGGGCUGGAGCAGGAAAAGGGCGACAUUGAUGUCGGAUUUGAUGGCGACGUGGUUGUGUUCGACGACGAGGCUGAGUUCGAUGUUAACAAGGAGACCAUGUUCUUUCGCAAUGAGGUUUCUCCGUUUGAUGGCAAGACGCUCAAGGGCGUGGUCGAGGAGACGUGGAUCCGGGGGCAGAAGAUCUUCGAUCGCAAGGUGGGAUUCGACGAGGAGCAAGGACCGAUCGGCAGGACUAUUCUUCAGCCACGAAGAAGACAAGCUGUUAGAAUGAUUUAG